AUUUUUGUCUUUGUUUUUAAUCGUUUUAAUUAAUUUCUACAUAUUUUCAUGAUUAUGAAUAUGUUUUAUUCUUUUGGUGAACUUCCAGACGGUGAUAAAAUCGAGAUAAAAUGUAAAAAGCAAUCAAGAACAGAGAUAUGCGAAUUAAACGGCGACGUAAGGGUCCACGGUAAAUCCGCAACGAUUAUUGCGGCGAUCACGUCUGCGUUUGCGGGGAAUACCACGUGGCAAAUGAGACCUUACGCGCGAAAAGGUGACCUUGUGGCUAUGAACCGCGUUAGGGAAUGGACGGUGAAAUUAACACAAAACGCCGAUCAGUUAGAGAACGCCAAUUUUUCAUCGCGUUGCGUUACGAAUCACAGCGUUCCGGCGAUGGUUUUCUCUCUGGGAGGUUACUCGAUGAACAACUUCCACGACUACACAGACAUCGUGGUUCCUCUUUUCACGACGGCGCGUAGAUUCAAUGGAGAAGUUCAGUUCCUCGUGACGAACAAGAAUCAACCGUGGAUCAACAAAUUCAAGGAGAUACUGAGGAGUCUCUCGAACUACGAACUGAUUUACAUCGACGGAGAAGAUGAAACGCACUGUUUCACCACCGUCGUCGUCGGUCUCAACCGCCAUCAAGAGUACUUCAAAGAGCUGACGAUCGAUCCUUUUUCUUCCAAGUAUUCCAUGUCCGAUUUCCUGAGGUUCCUAAGAGACACAUACUCGCUGAGAAACGCCGCCGUGAGUCUGCGGCGGAAGCCACGGAUCCUGAUUUUGUCGAGAGCCAGAUCGCGAGCGUUCACGAACACCGACGAGAUCGCGAACGCGGCAGGAGAAAUCGGAUUCGAAGUCGUGGUGGCGGAAGCGAACACAGGCGUCGCGAGGUUCGCGAAGACGGUGAACUCGUGCGACGUGAUGCUCGGCGUUCACGGCGCGGGGCUUACGAAUAUGGUGUUCCUGCCGGAGAACGCGGUGGUGAUUCAGAUUCUUCCGAUCGGUGGAUUCGAGUGGCUGGCGGAUACGUAUUUCGGGAGGCCGGCGAAGGGGAUGGAUCUGAGGUAUUUGGAGUACAAGAUCAAGGCGGAGGAGAGCUCGCUGAUGCAGCAGUACGGUCGCGAUCACGAGGUCGUUAGAGAUCCAUCGGCGGUUGCGAAACGCGGGUGGAAUGCGUUCAAGUCGGCCUAUUUGGUAGGGCAGAACGUGACCGUUGAUAUAAACCGGUUCAUACCGGUUCUUGCUAAAGCUUUUGAGUUAUCGCAGAGGUAGUUGGUACAGAAUAAAUACUUUACUUGUAGUCGGAUCGGAAUAAUUAUCUUGUAAACAUUUAAAUUAAAAUUUAUCGAUCUGAUGUUCACUACUUCACUGUAUGGUAAAACAACAGAUCAAAACUUCAGAAUCAAAGGAGAUUUCUCACUUCAUUACAAGACCUUAACAAAGAUAUACCUAUACAGUCCCAUUUUUGAUGCAAUUCCUGAUAUUUUAUGAAAACCAUCCCAAGUCUCAAUCUCAGACACAAUCUCUUUUUCAU